GUUGGCCGAAAAGUUAGUUUGUGCGAGAGUCAAACUUCGAUAAACCGUCGCGAAAACCUCGACGAACUCGCAGCAAACACGACGGCUGAUUGAGCAUGGCUGCUCAGCCGGUGUUUUCCCACUGCACGGGCAUCUUCCUGCCCUCACGUGGAGUUCCGUUGGCGGAAGACGGGCACGAACUGGACCUUCACUCCCCUCAGCUUGUGAUGUUGGCUAACGUGGCCCUUAACGCAGAGAUGGCCGCACCCGAGGAGGAGAGGCAAAUGGCGGAGCUAAAAAACGUCAGCGCAUGCGACUACUCCGACAGCGACGACGAGAACGUGGUCCGCUACAACUACGACGACCCGGCGAACCCGGACGAAUGCGCCGCGCCUGCGGAAAGCGACGCGGCGGACGGUGUCGGGAAAGUCACCGGAACCGUCGAGACCACGAUGCCGACCGAUCUUUCGAAGAAAGCUUCAGACACAUCCAGCUCCGAGUCCUCGUCGAAGCGCGAGGCGGAUCCCGUCCGGGCGCCCGGCGCGGCGGCGGCGUCGCUCGACCCCGCGAAGAAGAAGAAGAAGCCGUUCUACUGUAAACCGUGCCACUUCCAGGCCGAGUGCGAGGAGGAAUUCGUCCAGCACAUCCGCGUCCACAGCGCCAAAAAACUCAUCGCGGAGAAGGCCGGGGGCGGGAACUCGGACGACGAAUCGACCGAUCCGGUGCAGGAGAAAUCUCCGGACAACUCGGUCAAGGGUGUGAUCAGGUGCGAGCGCUGCGGCUACAACACCAACCGCUACGACCACUACGUGGCGCACCUGAGGCAUCACAAGAACGAAGGGGACGAGCAGCGGGUCUUCAAGUGCACCAUCUGCCCCUAUUCCACGGUCAGCCAGUACCACUGGAAGAAGCACCUGAGGAACCAUUUCCCCAGCAAGCUGUUCACCUGCGACCAGUGCAGCUACUUCUCCGACCGGAAGAACAACUACAUCCAGCACAUCCGCACCCACACCGGUGAGCGUCCGUUCAGGUGCACCUACUGCGACUACUCCAGCUCACAGAAGACUCACCUGACCCGACACAUGAGAACACACUCGGGGGAGAGGCCGUUUAAAUGUGACAGCUGCAGCUAUCUGGCAGCCAAUCAGCACGAAGUGACGCGCCACGCCCGGCAGGUACACAACGGACCCAAACCCCUGAGCUGCCCCUACUGCCAGUACAAAACGGCCGACCGGAGCAACUUCAAAAAGCACGUGGAGCUGCACGUCAACCCCCGGCAGUUCCUCUGCCCCGUCUGCAAGUACGCAGCCUCCAAGAAGUGCAACCUGCAGUACCACAUCAAGUCCAGGCACCCGGGACACACGGACAUCUCCAUGGACGUCUCGAAGGUCAGGCUGAGGGUCAAGAAGGCAGACGGGGACGGACAGGAGUCGAAGGAUGAGGGUCAGAGAGAGAAGCGAAGGUCCGAGGCCGCGGAGGACGCCGAUUCCUCUUCGGGGCCGAUCAAUCUUUCCAUUAAAAAGAGCGUCAAGGUGAAUUCUGAGGCGGAGAACAAGAAGAAACCUGCGUCCGAACCUGUGGGAGAAAAGCCCGCCGAGAAGAAGGCGGAGAAAAGGGCGGCGCCGAAAAACGAACCCGAGAAGAGCGGCAAGAAAGCGAGAGGCAAGGACGACGGAAAGAAGGAGAAAGAAGUCAGGAGGGUUCCCAGACCUGCGGAGAAGGUCACCAGAAGUCGGGCUAAAAGAGAAGAGAAGUCGGCGAAGGACAAGCUCGCCGCCGAAGAGGAGAAGAGAGAGGACGAAAGGAAGAAGAAGAAAGAGGAGGAAGAAAUACGAAAGAAAAAGAGGCAAGAAGCCGAAAAGCUGGAGAAAGAGAAGGAAGCGGAGGAGAGGAGAGAGAGAGCCAGACUGGAAAAGGAAAGGAAAGAGAAGGAGGAGGAAGAAAGACGAGAGAGAGAAAGACUCGAGCAAGAGAUGAAAGAAAAGAAAAAGAAGGAGGAGGAGGAAAGGAAAGAACGAGAGAGACUCGAAGCCGAGAGACUGGAGAAAGAGAAGAGACGGAAAGAGAAAGAGAGGCUGGCAAAACUCGAGAAAGAAAAGAAGGAGAAAGAACAAAAACUGAAGGAGGCGGCGGAAAGGAGAGAGCGCUUGGAGAGAGAAAAGAGGGAGAAGGAGGAGAAGAAGGAGCGAGAGAGGCUGCAGAGAGAAUUGAAAGAGAAGGAGCAGAAGCGACAGGAGGAGGAAAAAAGAGAAAGAGAACGUCUGGCGAGAGAAAAACUCGAGGAGGAGGAACAGAGGAGGGAACAAGAGAGGCUGGAGAGGGAAAAACAGGAGAAGUUAAAGGAGGUUGGGAAUAUCAAGGCUUCAAAGACUCCGGGCAGAAAAGCAGCCGGAGGGGCGGCUAACCCGAAAACGAAAGGGGCGAGACGUAAAGCCCAGAGUCCUGUAAGCGCUCCUGUCGCGGGUAGUGCCAAGCGCAGGAAGGUGGUCGCAAAGAGUCCGUCCACCACGUCUGAACUGCUCUCAAAGGGCAACAAGAGCGGCACUGGCACUGGCGCUGGCACUGAACCAGAGGUGCCCACCACGAACAUAAAGAUCAAAAAGGCGCCUGCCAAAGCGGCGGAGAGACCCGCGCCACGGUCGCAGAACAGAACCAAGAAGCGCCCGGAAAAGCCCUCGGUCGUCCUCAAGCCUGCCAAGGAUACGGAGGUGGACAGCGGCACCGACAGUCCCACGCUGGACCUCUCCAAGCCACCGUGCGGCGGGUCGCACGACGCCGAGGACGACGAGGGCAUCCACAGCCACGACGGCGGCAGCGACGUGAGCGACUGCGCCUCCGAGGUGAGCUACGACUCCGGGCUCAGCGGGAAGCUUCCGGAGACCCCCACGGAGGAGCUGCCGACGCAGCCGCUCAGCCACACGUGCGUCUUCUGUGACCGCACCUUCCCCCUCGAGAUGGACUACAGGCGGCACCUCAACCGCCAUCUGGUCAACGUGUACUAUCUGGAGAGUCCAGCGCAGGGGAAGAAGUGAUGCGGGGCUUCGUACAGACACUUUCUGAACCGUUUCCUCCAGCAAACACGAUUCAGGACUGAUGUUUAGGCUCCAUCUGUUAGACCUGAUUCGCCUUAUUUCACUUUUAUUUACUGUAUUUUUUGCAGCGACUGUGCUCUCAAUUUUUUGGAGUUGUGGAUCGUCGAAUACAUACGCAGACGUGGGUAAAAACACAAAAAUAUCACAUUGUUAUACUUAAAUUUGCCCAAAAUUUAGGUUUGCAAACAAGGUGCCAUUAUAAAUACAGCACAGAUGAAGCCAGACGUGAGCAUUUCCAUUUUCCAUCAGCAGAUCAGUGAAUCUUUAUGUAGCAUUAUUUACACACUAACUAUAAUAAACAGCGUUAUGCAGGAGUUUGGGGAAAAUAAGUGAACGUGUCCUUUACAGGGGACAAAACUUCCGCACGUCUUUAUAUAUCAUGAAAUGUGACGUGUUAAAGUUUGAUUUAUACCGACGUGUUCAGUUUAGCAAAUGGAAAUUCUGCACUACUGCCUGUCAUGUGUUUACUUACAGUAUGUCCCUGAUUAAAAAACCCAAAUAAUGUAGAAUUCGACCAAGGGGGUCCAAACUGAAGUCCAAACUUUUGCACAGUACCGUACGUCCCUUAAUAUUUACUCUUAUUUUACUUUCAUUUGCGUGUAGAGCAGACUACUUCGUGUCAUUCUGCUGUCUUAACUUCACAGUUCGGUCCAGAAGACGGUUUGACGUCCUUGUACAUAAGAUCCACGUCUGUCUGUGAUUCAGUGCCUCCGACAAUCACCCGUUCCUGUGACUUCACACGUUUCCUCUAUUAGAACGUCGCUGAAUUGAACGACGCCCCCCUCGGUGCCGCUGGUAUGAGAGCGAGUGUAGAACCAGAACCCGGUUUCGGGUGGUCUGAACCUUUCCCAAGUGAGACUCGACCCCCUCCGUGCCAAGUUUAGUGCAAUAUUGUACCUCGGAUCUGAUACCAAAGUGAAGAUCAUGCUCGGCCCCAUCGUGCAUUUCUGUUCUUUGUAAAUGUAAAAAAUGCACUCGUUCAGAAUAGAAACUCAAAUACUGUACAUGUUUCGUCUGUCAGUACCUGAUUUAUAGAGAUUUUAGUUCUUUAUGGAUAUAAAAUAGACUUUUUUAUUCUACAGAUAUCAGAUGGUGUAAUCAGAGUGUUUAUAUAAAGUCAUUAGUGUGUGUGUGUGUGUGUGUGUGUGUGUGCAGGUACUAACAGUAAAUCCACUUUUCACCACGACGCUGAGCUCUUUUCAGAGUUCAUGUUCAUGAUUUCUGUGUGUUAAGCUCCAUGUGUUUGUAAAAACAACAUUACAUCAAUAAAAAUCUGCACUAAACUGA